AACCAGUAGAAGAAUGAGAAUAUACAUUAUAUUGAUAUGUCUAAAAGUGAUCACAUGCUUUAGUGUAAAACCGAACCCGAUAUGUUGCUUCCCGAACCAGUUUGAGACGUUUAUGUUCAUGUCACAGGGUAUUGUUGACAUCGGAACUGGUGACGUGGGGUACGGAUAUGGAUACGCUAACGGAACAAUUAAAACAGCGUUUGAUGGCGUUAAUCAGCUGACGUACGUGCACGAACAUUCUCAGAGCUUUAUGUCAGUGUGGCCAAUUCCUGUUAUACUGGAUUCCAUUGAUAUUUUAGACUACAUAAACAAUAAACAAUGGCGUGUGUAUGCAGAUGGGUCGUGUGAUAAACUUGACGUAGGAUUGCCGUUAUAUCAGGAAUGUAUACCCGGUAAUGCUACAUUAAUCAGUGAAGGAAUGUUUGCACAAACCGGACAGGCCAUGAAGACAUUCAUGUUCCAUGACCGUAUUUACCUGGACCCAUAUGAAAUAACUGUGACAGUCAUCAUGUCAGAUAAUGAUAACGGUGAAUGUACCCCAGUUAGAAUGUCAGUGUCCGACUCGUACGUGUUUGACAGCAACAAGAAUGUCGACAUAACUGUGGCAGAUAUAUAUGACUUUACCACUGGAAUAAAAGAUAGAUCAGUGUUCACACCGCCAUCUUCUUGCGAUAAAGGGGAAAAGAUUGAGGAGGCAAAAUCUACAAAGCACUCUGGGAGAAUCAGAGAUAUUCUCAGGAAUUUUGCAAACAAACAGAAAACCGCAGUUACGAACUAAAACAACACCAUCAACAACAACAACAAAAAGAGUGUAUACGUUAACGUG